ACUGUCACACUAAAGCAAAAUAUAAAAAUACAUUUCUUAUGUAACUUUUGCGGAGUACUCUAUAUCGUAGUAAAAUCAUUCUGUGGGUGUUUUAACUGAUUCGUUUAAAUCAAGUGGACUGUUCCUGACACCUUUCUCUUUCUUUUCAACUGUCAUUAUGCGUCAGACAGAUAAAGUGAUUUGAAAAAGUGAAGGAACACUGAGGCCAAGCGCCUGCAGAUAAGCCACAUCACAAUUAAGCAGAAAGGACAGGAGCCUCGACCGCGACGCUGCCAUGCAGACACUACUUUAUUCACAUGCCCCUUCUGUGCAACUGACGUGUGCAAGCCAAGACAGUACCAUCAAAUAAUGACCCAUUUAGCUGGACAUAAACUGAGAGCAGUUGAAUAUGGAGAUCAUGUUAUAUACAGCUGCAACAUUGGCUGUGAAAAAAAGGCCAGACAUUUUCACUGCUGCCAGUGUCCCAAGAUUUACAUGAAUAAAGGUGCCAUAAAAAAGCAUCUUUGCAGCGCUCAUCCAAUAGCUACUUGCAAUCCAGAACCACAACCUGUAAGUCACCCACUACAAGAACCUCCCUCACACCAACAACCAGCAUUUCAUCCACCACCAGAACUUCCUUCACACCAACAACCAGCAUCUCAUCCACCACCAGAACCUCCUUCACACCAACAACCAGCAUCUCAUCCACCACCAGAACCUCCUUCACACCAACAACCAGCAUCUCAUCCACCACCAGAACCUCCUUCACACCAACAACCAGCAUCUCAUCCACCACCAGAACCUCCUUCACACCAACAACCAGCAUCUCAUCCAUCACCAGAACCUCCUUCACACCAACAAUCAGCAUCUCAUCCACCACCUGAACUUCCUUCACAGCUGCGACCAGCAUCUCAACCACAAGAACUUGAUUUGCAGCAAGCAGCACCUGAUCGACAAGAAUUAGCAGCUUCUCCAGCGAUUGAGAAAAAGCAAAUCUCUGUUCAGGAUCCACGUAGGCACAUCACAGUUAAGCAGAAAGGACAGGAGCCUCGACCGCGACGCUGCCAUGCAGAUGCUACUUUAUUCACAUGCCCCUUCUGUGCAACUGACGUGUGUAAGCCAAGACAGUACCAUCAAAUAAUGACCCAUUUAGCUGGACAUAAACUGAGAGCGGUUGAAUAUGGAGAUUUUGUUAUAUACAGCUGUAACAUUGGCUGUGGUAAAAAGGCCAGACAUUUUCACUGCUGCAAGUGUCCCAAGACUUACUUCAAGAAAAGUGAGCUAAAAAGGCAUCUUUGCAGGGCUCAUCCAAUAGCUCCAGAAGCACCUUCUUUACAGCCACCAGCACCUGGUCCACUGGAAUUACCAGCUCGUCCAGUGAUGGCUAAAAGAAAGCAAAUCUCAGCGCAGUGUCCUCACUGCGGGCUCAGUCUUAAUUCAAAAAAUUUAAAGAAACACAUUGAGCGGAAGCAUCAUGAAGCCUUGCAUACCUUAACUUCAGUUCUACCAGCACAGUGUGUCGAUAAAAAGAAUGGAUUAUACGUUGUGUCAGAAUCAUUUUGUGAGCCUUGUACCCCCAUCCAUGUGGUCAAAAAAUGUUGGGGUUCAUCCCACAAGGUUAAGUGUGAAAUGGAUAAUUGCAACAAUCGUGUUGAAGUGGCACAAAGGAGAGGACUUUUGGUUGCGCAGUGUGUGCAUCUAAGCUCAGUAGACUACACCUGUGCUGUUGCACCGAGUGAGGAUUUAUCAGAGCAUGUGUUGACUGAGAUGGUGGAGCGGAAAUGGAUUGGAGAUAUACGGAAAAAACGAUGCCUUAAGAUGCAAAAGCAAGCUAAGCUUAAAGGUGCCACUUUUACUAGCCUUGUUACCAUUGGAGGCCCUGACUACAUGUAUUAUAUAUCAAUAUAUAAGCCAAAGGUGUCACAUUACAGUAAACUGGGCAGAGUCUUGGUGGAUUACAAUGCCAAGACAAACACUUGGAACUGCCCUUGUGGCAAACGUGGAAAAUCAUGCCUGCACAAGAGUAUUGCAAAGUGGUGUCUCUAUCAAACGAAGAAGCAGCUCUUUAAAAAACCUGCUUGAAGCAGAGGAAGAAAAUGAAUCGGCGCAACUUGAGGAUCUAUCUAGCCAACAGUUCUUCCAAAAAUGGGUGCCCAGCGACUGGUUGGGAUAAUGAACUGACACUUCAAAUCUGUGAUUCUACUGAUAUCGGUGAACAAAGACUGCAUGAAUGUAAAAUGAAGAAAAUAAAAAGAAAUCCAAAGUCCAAUUAUUGAAUUGUUGAUUUUGGGAAUGUAAAUGAUUAGUUGACAAUUGAGAGAAGCUAUGGCGAUUAUUCUGG